AUGAAUAACAAAAUAAUAAUAGUAUUAAUAACUAUAAUCCUUAUUACACAAGGAAAAAGACACUUCAUUGAAAAUAAAGUUCAUAAAAAAAAAGAAUUAGAUGGAGGUAUCAAAUGGGAGUCUCCAGAAAGCUUUCAUAAUGAUGAAGAUUAUUAAAAAGCAAUUAAUUAAGCAAGACAUGAAUUUCAUCAUAUUUGUCAUUUAUCAAUUGAUGUUACUUGGAUUAGAGUUGAUAAGGUUGGUUUCCAAAUAGUAGCAGGUGUAAUGUGGUGGGUAUAAUAUUUAUUAUAUACUAAAGUUAGAAGUUGAAUUGAGUGAUGAUGAAGUGUAUGAGAUGAAAGUAUAUUAAGAAUUAGAAGGAACAUUUAAAUUAGUAGGGUGUACCAAAUGAC